AUGCCGGGUAUCAUUGAGUUGCCCUCCAAGGCAGUAGUCGCAUCAUCGCCUGCUGAAUUCAUUGAUGCGCUCGAUUCGACUUUCCAAGCCACCCGUGGAUUGUCGUUACCCAAAGAUGUCACAUCUUCUACAGAGAGCACUAUCCCAGCCAUUCUUGAGCAGCUGUGCCAGUCGCUGCAGGCAUCAUCGCCAGCAGACGCCGAGGCCAUCAAGCUCGCGCUCGAAAAGAUCACGGACUCGCCUCAGCAUGGCGGCCUGGGGAUCGGUGCAACGACGAAGCCCACUCCUGAUGACUACGAGGAUACAUUGUUUCUGGUAUCCGCCUAUCUUACAGCACUAAACAAUUCGCAGCAGACAUUUCAGGCUACCAUUCCCGAACGAAAGGCUGCCACUCAACCCAUGACAUUGACACAGAAGAUCUUUGCAGCGCAUUCGCUGUCUCCAUUGCCUGAGACAGGACUACAUACCGGAGCUGUCAUCCGUGCAGGUCUCGACUGGAUUCUGGCAUCAGAACUAUCAUGGUCCGCGAUGGCACGAACGCAUGAAUCACUCGGGAACCCUGGAAUAUGGCGUAACGAUCGUUUCUGGCUCGCGGGCGACCACGUCGUACACCCUGAUGUUCGAGGCGUCGCGAAGGUCGAGCGUAUGGUUGACCUCGCGGAGAAGGCGAAGAAGAUGUUCCGGAUGACGGACUUCCAGGGCAUGAACUACACCAUCAUGCACACAGAGUUUGUCCGAGAGCGUGCUGAGCCAGGUAUGCUCUGCGUUGGAAGCGACAGCCACACCUGCUCCGGUGGCGCAAUUGGAUGUCUAUCGAUCGGUCUGGGCGCGGCAGAUGUCAUGAUGGCACUGGCCCUUGGUCAGACGUGGUUCAAGAUUCCCGAGACAAUCCGUAUCGACUUCACAGGCAAGCCCAGUCGAGGCGUGUCUGGAAAGGACGUGAUCCUACACAUUUUGCGGGAGUUGAAGCGCAAUACGGUUGCAGCAGAACGCAUCGUCGAGUUCACAGGCGAGGGCUGCCAGUAUCUCAGCAUCGACGCGAGGUUUGCGAUCUGCAACAUGUGCACCGAGUUUGGCGCCGUCACUGGUCUAUUCGUGCCAGAUGAAGUCACAAAGUCGUAUGUCGCGCGGAGAAGGAGGAAAGCCAACAAGCAGAACAGUGUCUAUUUCAAGCCGGACGAUGUCGAGCCUACGAUCGCUGUCUACCCGGAGCCAGACCACGUCGUUCCUGUCAGUGAGAAGGCCGGCAUGAAGGUCGAUGGCGUCUUCAUUGGCGCCUGCACGACCACUGAAGAAGAAUUGGUACUGGCUGCCAAGAAGCUGCCGUUGGCGAAAGGAAAGAGGCAUUACGUGCCUGGCAGUCUGCCAAUCGUUGAGAGGCUGAACGAGCUCGGCUUGUUGAAGGUCUACGAGGAGGCCGGUUUCACCAGGGGGCCACCGGGCUGCUCGUACUGCGUGGGUAUGAGCGCGGAAAAAGCCGAGAAGGGCGAGACGUGGUUGAGCUCGCAGAACCGUAACUUCCAGAAUCGAAUGGGUCCUGGCGCAUUCGGCAACCUCUCCUCGGCGGUAGUCUGUGCUGCCUCAGCGUUCUCCUUGGAGAUCACUGAUCCAGCUCCUUUCCUGGCUGAAAUGGACUUUGAGUGGUUUGAUACGGUAUACAGAAAGUCUUCAACCACUUCGGCCUCACCGGCACAAGGCCUGACAUACGUCGAGCCCGACCUUUCAGCCCCGGCGACCAGGUCCAGCACGUCCACGACCGAUGGCCUCUCCAAGACCACAACAGUGCCCGAGCCUAUGCAGACACUUAAGUCUACGAUCAUAACCCUAGGCGACCUCAUCGACACGGACGCACUAGCGCCCGGCUACGCCCUGACCACUUGUACAACCGAGGCAGAGUUCGGCAGCCACUGUCUCGAACAAACGCACCCGGAGUUUCGUGACACAGUCAAGUCAUAUCCUGGCAGCAAUGCCGUUGUUGUCGCCGGAAAUGCGUUCGGCGUGGGCUCCUCACGCGAGGACGCGGUCGUGGCGCUGAAGGGAGCAGGCGUGAAAUGUGUGAUUGCGAAGAGCUUCGCAUUCAUUCUCGGUCGGAAUAUGCCUAGUUUGGGUCUGCUAGGCUUUGUGAUGUCUGACGAGUCGUUCUACGAAGCUGCGAAAGACGGGCGGAGUAUUGAAAUCGAUAUUCAAUCACGAACGGUAAGGGUCGAGAUCAGCGAAGGAGAGUGGAAGGAGUGGCCAUUCGAGCUGAGUGAGAUGGAGUACCAGUUGACGCUGAACAAAGGUGUCAUUGAAAGUUUCAAGAGAUUUGGCAAGGGGGUCUGGGAAGGGUUGAUGGGCGCGGAGAAGCAGAGCAAGGGAACGGGGAAGACGGAGCAGGAUACGUUGAACGAGGCUGAUAUGCUGAAGGGUGUUGAUGGGAAGGGAGGCGAUGAGAAGCUGGCAUGGUGA